AUGGCAGGAACUGGAGACUUUUAUCCAACGCUCGUCGCCAACUGCUUCUUCAACGCUUUCUUGCUUUUCACAGCCUUGGUUUUAAACAUCAUAACAAUACAAGCCCUAAGAAAAAUAUCAUCGUUUCCAAAGCCUUUAAAAACAUUACUCCUAAGUCUCGCUGUUUCUGAUCUUGGUGUUGGUUUGCUUGUCCAUCCUCUCUAUAUUGCAAAUCUUAUAAUGACAAUAGAACAGAACGCUAACAGAAGACUCUAUUAUACGGUAUACACAGCGCAGCGCCUUUUCAGCUAUUUACUGUGUACUGCUUCAUUCUUGGGCAUCAUUGCUUUAACUGUCGACAGAUUCUUAGCCAUUCAUCUUCAUCUGAGAUACCAGGAACUUGUGACUCACAGGCGUGUUGUUACUGUUGUAAUUUCAGUCUGGGUGUGCUGUUCAGGUUUUUCCUUAUUUGCGUUGAACAGAAUUUUAGAAAACGUUCCAGACAUUAUAAUUGCAACUUUUGGGGCAGUUUGUCUCACUACAACGGGAUUCAUUUACUGCAAGAUAUAUUCAAUCGUACGUCACCACACAGAUCAGAUUCACGCCCUGCAAUUGCAACCCGUAGGACAGAAUCAGAAUGGAGAAUUGGCAAAUGCUGCAAGAAUGAAAAAAACUACACUUACUACAUUUUACGUGUAUGUGGUGUUU